GUCCCGUUUCCGUACAGUAGUAUGUCAGCCUCCGUGUAGCCCUCUGGCUUCCGUGUUUGUAUACGUUUCAGGCAUCCUGUAGUAAUCUCGAAUGUGAUUGGUGGGAUUCCCAUCAGCUGAUGUAGCGUAUGUCGCUAGGCAACACUUACUUAUGACACUUUGCGUUUUGCCGAUACCCCGGACUUUCCUGAAACUGCAGAGCCUGUCUGGAUAUUGGGGACAAAAUACAGUGCACUUACAGGAGGAACUUCUGAACGAUGUCACAUCCAGACUGUGGUUUACCUACCGACGGAACUUCCCAGCAAUAGGUGGAACUGGGCCGACGUCUGACACUGGAUGGGGCUGCAUGCUGCGAUGUGGACAGAUGAUUUUUGCUCAGGCUUUGAUCUGUAGGCAUAUAGGACGAGAUUGGCGAUGGGACAAAAAAGGACCAACGGGAGAGUACCUUAGUAUCCUAACUGCUUUUCUAGACAAGAAAAAUAGUUAUUACUCCAUCCAUCAGAUUGCCCAAAUGGGAGUUGGGGAAGGCAAAUACAUUGGCCAGUGGUAUGGCCCAAACACUGUAGCACAAGUGCUGAGGAAACUAGCUGCUUUUGAUCAGUGGAGCAACAUGGCCGUUCACAUAGCAAUGGAUAAUACUGUAGUGACUGAUGAGAUAAAAAGAUUGUGCAGAAUGGGAAGCUGUGACUCUGGACCGAUGUGUAAUGGUCAUGCUGAAGCUUCUGAUUCAAACCGUUUAUGGAGGCCUCUAGUAUUACUCAUACCCCUUCGAUUGGGUCUAAGUGAGAUCAAUGAAGCAUACAUCGAAACCCUGAAGCACUGCUUCAUGCUGCCACAGUCAUUAGGGGUUAUUGGUGGUCGGCCAAACAGUGCUCAUUACUUUAUAGGAUAUGUUGGAGAUGAACUCAUUUAUCUUGAUCCCCACACCACACAGCCAGCUGUGGAGCCCAGUGAUAGUGCUUAUAUAGUAGAUGAAAGCUUCCACUGCCUGCAUCCUCCGUGCCGGAUGCAUGUGUCAGAGAUUGACCCCUCUAUUGCUGUGGGAUUCUUCUGUAGUUCUGAAGAAGAUUUUGAUGACUGGUGUCAACGCAUUAGAAAGAUAUCACUUACAGGGGGGUCCCUGCCUAUGUUUGAGGUGGUAGAUCAUCUGCCGCUCCAUCUAUCCAAUCCUGAUGUACUAAACCUUACUCCAGAUUCCUCAGAUGCAGACCGCCUUGACAGAUUCUUUGACUCAGAAGAUGAAGAAUUUGAAAUUUUAUCUUUUUGAAGACACAUAAAAACAAUAUGACUGAUGUAAAUGGGGAAAAGCUUAAUAUUCCACAGUACAGAAGGAAACUGCUACUUCUUUGUUCAUAAAACUAAAAAAACAGAAAAAAGUACUAUAAACAUUGCUGGAUAUAAGAGUUGCCCUAUCUACUAAGCCCUGUUGCGACUUGUAUUUUAAUGCAGUGCCUAGCGCAAGGACACCCAGACAUGUCUAAGACUGAAUGCAUUGUAAAGAGUCAGUUUUGUUACAUUCCAUGUGCAGAGAUACUUUAAAAGAAGAGGUGUGCCACCUAUGAAGAUGUGGAAUACUCAAUCCGGACUCUUGCCUUGGUUAAACAUUGAUACCAUCCAAAUCUACUGGGAUGAAGAAUUCCAUAAAUGAGCCUUUACUCGCCUUCCGUGACAAAUAGUUUGUGGUUGUUUGAAAUAUCACAUUGUCUUCUGACCAGAUCACUUCAUACUGAGCUGCGGAAAGUCAGAUACUUAUGACAGUGCUUGUUACUAAUUCAUUAUACCAGUUGCCUAAAUCAGUCCAUUCUGUGGCUGUAACUAAUAUUUAUUCAAUGUUCUUAAAAGCUUCUCUACCUGAGUUUAUUUUUUAGAGCAAGCUGAGCUUAAGAUUGUUCUGACCCAUAUCACAAGUAUGUUUCCUAAAAGACCUCCACAUGUCACUCUCUUUCUAAUGCUUGUGUAAAUAAUAAUGUGGGCAAAUAAAAGGGCUCAGACCACUUUAUUGCUAGCUGGGUGGCAGCUCACAGCGGCAAAAAAUUCUCCUUACUGCUGUCGGCGAUGAAGACUCCUCAUCUACUCCCCUGCUAAAGAGGUAGGGACCAGAAGAUAGAAAGUUAUAAAAUGGGAGCUUUAUUGCUUAUUACAUUAAAGAGGACCUGUCAUUCUGAAUAAAAUGAGUUGCAUUAGCCUGUAGCUGGGGGAACUCACGCAAAAAUAAACGUAUCCCCUAUCUACAGGAUAAGUAGCUGAUCUCCAGAACAGGACCCAGCUCUCAGUGCGGAGCACAUUCUAUUUAAUUACCAAAAAGACCAGAAUACAGCGCUCAGACAUCAUUGGCGCUUGCAUAGAAAUUAAUGGAGCGUGUGCCAUCUACAGGUAGACUACACGCGCUCCUCACUGAGAGAGCCUGGGUCUCCUCCCCGAGAUCGCAGGGAGUCCCAACAGUCCCACUACCUCCAACCCCACCCACCUGCGCAUUCGGCUACUUAUCUCUGGUGGAUAGGGGAAAAGUAAUUUUCUGCUGGAGUUCCCCUUUAAAUAUGCACUCCCCCCCCCCCCCAUACAGUCUCUGCACAGAACACAGCCCAUAUGAAAAAGGUCUGCAUGGAGUGAUAUGCUGGCAUAAAUUCCAUGCAAUGUCUCUAUUAGGAGAUACCAGAGUACAGUGCUCAGGUUUCUGUGGAUAGGGGGAUACUUUUAUUUUUAAAUGCUGGAGUACCCCUUUACCUUCGGCAGAUUUUUCAGUGGGGUUGGCAGGUAUUCUUAGUCACCAGUUUAUAUGAGAUUAUAUAAGCCUUUAGUGAAAGGGCAAACAGUGAUUUUUUUUUUUUUUAAAGCAGAGACAUGGCUUGAGAGUACUGAAAGCACACACACACACACACCUCUUGCUGGUAAAUUAACAUAUAACCAAAUGUAUAUGUAUACUAAAGUAGAUGGACACAAAACAGUGAAUAUUUCAACUCUGCUCACUCGCCAUGUAGACCAGGGAUGAAUGGACUUGCUCAGAUUUUGAAUUGCUGGAGCUCGGACAAAGCGGGCCGCCUCCCCGUGUGGAACAUGGAACAAAAGAUAGUGGGUCCAGUUGCCAAGCGAAGAUACUAUUAAAAUUCAAGCUUUAAUGGUUUCUCUUAAAACAUGGAGGAUCCAGGGAUUUUUUGACUGAACGGAAAAUAAAGCUCUUUCAAUCAAAAAUGGAGGAUCCAGGGAUAAAAAUAUACACACCGACGUGUUUCGGGCUCAAUUCAAGCCCUUAGUCAAGGCCAUGACUAAGGGCUUGAAUUAAGCCCGAAAUGCGUCGGCAUGUAUGUUUUUUUAUCCCUGGAUCUUCCAUGUUUUAAGCAAAACCCUUAAAGCUUCAAUUGUAAUAGUACCUUCGCUUGGAAGCUGGACCCACUAUCUUUUGUUCCAUACUAAAGUAGAUUGUUUCUUCAAUUCUAACCCCAUCAUAACCCACAUUCUAAUACAUACUUGGUCCAACCCCAAACAUCCAUGCUGUGUAGACUGUCAGUGCCCCUCUCACUAUGCUAAAAGGAAAAAUUUACUCUUAUAAAUGAGAUUGAUGUCACCAUAUUUCAGUGUUUCCCAACCAGGGUGCCUCCAGCCAUUGCAAAACUACAACUCCCAGCAUGCCCGGACAGCCAAAGGCCAAAGGCUGUCCGGGCAUGCUGGGAGUUGUAGUUUUGCAACAGCUGGAAGCACCCUGGUUGGGAAACACUGCCACAUUUUCUUUGUGGGGAAAACUGUAAAAUUGUGAGACCCACAGUGUAUAAAAGCCGGGUGAACAGUAUGUUAGAAUUGUCGAUUACAGCUGUAAGAUGUCAGUCUGGUGUGUACAGAUGUGUAAUGUAGUACUACUGUAAGACAAUUUCCACUAUUUAUAUGUAUUAUAUUGAGGCUGCCAUAAACAGGUAAAGCUACAGUACUCUGAUUCUCCUUUUAUUAUUUUGGGAGUUCAUCGUUUCACACAAUAAACUCAAUGCCAAACAA